ACAGAGGAUUACUGGAGGAAACUGAAGCUACCACCUUCAGCUGCGUUUAAACCCGCGCUUCCUUACGGAUGACGUGUAGCAGAGAUGUUUAAGGACUUCCCUAUGAAUGUGCUUUCUCUUCUGGAGGCUUUACUCUCCAUAGAUCCUGAGCAGAGAGGCUCUGCAGCUAUAGUUCUUGAGACUGAGGAGCUGGUUUUUAACUUUAUGUUAGAUACCACUAUCUUUACUUUUGUGUGAUUUGAUGAUAACACAUGGUUAUUGUGGAGCAGUACUUCAGAACGGAGCCGUUUGCUUGUGAUCCAUCUUCUCUACCAGAAUAUCCUCCAAGCAAAGAGAUUGAUGCUAAGAUUCGAGAUGAAGCAAAGAGGCAACAAAGGUCGGCACAGGAGAAGAAAGACUCACUGACAAGACGAUCACACGAAAGAAAACUUAUCCCGCCGGUAAAAGCUAAUCCAUCACUCACAGCGGCUAUGGAGAAUCCUUAUCUAAGAAGAUGUGUUCCGGGUCAUUCAACAAGACAAAUGCAGAUCACAAAGGACAUGACCAUUAUAUUCUAGGGUUUUCAUUUAAUUUUUUGACACAUAAAGGAAGCAACUCUGUUGUUGUAGUUGUCUACGCAAUAUGAAGCCAGAAUUUUGUG